AUGACGAAUGAUCAUGAAAAUGCUCGCACACCAAUCGUUGAAGCUAUAAAACGCUUAACAUCCUCCUCAAAAAAUGGCACUGCUUGUUUAGUAUCUAUAGGCGGAACAACACUUGUAUCUGAACAAUUUGGAUCUAUAGAUCAAACGUUCAUAAAAUCUGAUAAUAGUUCAAAUUUACAAGAUAUUAGAGACAGUUAUGCACAAGAUAAUAGAAGUGAUUUAUCUAAAACCGUUAAGAUGCGAUAUAGCUAA